UUCAGUUUGCGUUAAAGAGCGGCGCGAGCGCACGCCUUGAAAAUGCUCUGCGCCGCAAUUUUGACGUUUGCUUGCGCGCUCGCCGCAGCACAAAACGUAAACAUCACUAGUAUCGAUAACAAAGUUUUGCAACGACUCGCAUCACUAUUAGAAUCGAAUAGGACAUUGAACACCCGUGAAUUAGCUUUAUUAAAUCGCACAGCGGCGAAUUUCGGCAUCGAUAAUGAGUUAGUGAAUAAUUUGACUAAGUUAGUGAGGAAUAACUCGGAAGUGAUUGAAGAUGGUUCUUAUGUUUAUGAGGAGGGGAGAAAGAAUCCAGAGGAGCCUCCUGUGGAGAAGUCACCGGAUUAUGCAUCAUCAGUGGUUCUUGCCAGUGAUCUGUUGUCCUUGACAGCGGCUGUGGCCAAAGUGAAGGAACGGGCGUGCAGGGAACAGGGCUACAAGUUUCUGGAUGGACUGUUGCUGAACAAAAGAUUCGCUUUGCAAAUGUUCGACGCAUCAGCGAAGUCGCCUCAGGGUUUGCUCUAUGGGUCAUCGUACCACCUGGGCAACUUCGACGAGUGUGUGGGCAUCAGAGACCGUUCUGACAGCAACCUGCCGAUGGAUGGACAGUACUGCCUCGCUGCUAUCAAGUGGAGGGAGUCUGAGGAAGCGAAGAAGGUGCGCACUGGCCGUGGUGAGAUUCUGCGCUGGGCCGUGUGCGUCCCAAACGCUUGUCGUGCUAAUGCCGUGCAGGACUUCGUCACAGAUGUCUUGUCCCAUACUGUGGGAAACUCAACGUCAGUGGAACUAACCGAAAGGGACUGCUACAUGAGAAGACCUGUCGUUGUCAAGCCCUUGGACGUUGCUUUCUUAGCCAUAUGUCUGCUUUUCGGCGCCAUCCUCGCUAUCAGUACCAUAUACGAGAUCUAUUCAAUCAAAUGGGGCAACCAGAAGAGCUCGAUCGUCCACGAUCUCAUCGUCUCUUUCUCCGUGAUCAACAACGUGAAGAAGAUAAUCUCCACUAAGCAGAACAACACUUUAGGGCUGGAGUGUGUGACAGGAAUUAAGAGUUUUGCCAUGAUUUUCAUUGUAGCUGGCCACGCUUGUAUGUUCAUUGCUAGUGGACCAGUCAUGAAUCCUGAUGAAUGGGAUAAGUUAACUCGACAACCAGUGAACUCCCUGAUGUUAAGCAACCAUCUGUUGGUGGACACCUUCCUCUUCUUGAGCGCAUUUCUCUUCAGUCGCCUCCUUCUCAUAGAAUUGGACAAGAGACGGGGCAGGCUGAACGUCAUUCCUAUUUUGGUAUUCCGGUACAUAAGAGUUACCCCAGCUUACCUAAUCGUGAUCCUGUUCUACAUGACAUGGCUGCCGAAGAUUGGGGAGGGCCCGCUGUGGGGAGACAAAAUACAGUUGGAGCAGGAGAGGUGCAUGGACUCCUGGUGGGCCAACAUCCUGUACAUAAACAACUAUGUUAACACUGAUAAAUUGUGCAUGUUCCAGUCGUGGUACCUCUCAGUAGACACCCAGCUGUUCUUCAUCGCACCUAUAUUCAUCUACAGCCUCUGGCGAUGGAGCCGCAUCGGCCCUGUCUUCCUGAGCUUCUGUAUUGUGAUCACUCUUGUAGUUCCUUCUGUGAUCACUUAUAUUGAUCGGUUGGAUCCUACAAUUUUAUUUUAUGCCAAAGAUUUUACAGACUUCGCCGGCAAUUUCUACUUCAAGGAAGCAUAUAUUAAAACACAUAUGAAAAUGGUCACGUAUCUGAUGGGCAUACUAACAGGAUAUAUCCUACAUAGGAUACAGUCAGAGAACUACACUCUCUCCCGGACCUUAAAGUUCUUCGCAUGGAUCACCAGUAUAGUCCUGGGGUCCGUGACCGUCUUCUCAGUCUCAGUGUUCUACCAGGAGUGGUAUGAGUACAAUGUCAUCGAAGCCGCUGCGUAUAUAUCCCUGCAUAAACUUGCGUGGGGUAUCGCGAACGGGUGGCUGAUAGUUGCCUGUGCUACUGGAUGUGGAGGUUGGAUGUGCACAUUGCUCAAAUGGAAAUUUCUAGUGCCAAUCUCGAGGUUGACCUUCUGUGCUUACCUGGUCAACGGCGUAGUCGAGUUGUACUAUGUGGGCCAGCUACGGCAUCCGAUGCAUGUCACCAUAUUCACGAUAACUGCGAAUGCAAUUUCGCACAUGGUGCUGACAUUUUUACUUGCCUUCAUACUGUGUAUAACGUUUGAGUCGCCUAUUCACGGCAUAGAGAAAAUUCUUCUAAGGACCUUAGCGCGUCCUGUGCUCAGCGACAAUGCCGUCAAAGGCCAACCGUCAAGCAACACUAGUCAAUCGAAACCAGAAUCAUAGCAUACAAUCUGAUCUAGACUAGAUUUUACAAUAAAUAGGUACGUGUUAGUUACAAAAUAGAUAAAAUGCCACCGUUAGUUGAAAAUAUCUUCAAAAACAUAAAUACCAUACUCAGAUACCAAUGUGUGCUUAGUGAACGACCUUGCUAUGGACACAAUAA